AUGCUGUCGUUCUUCAGUUUUCUGGGAUGUAUCGGAAAUUCCUUAGUGUUAUAUGUGUAUACCCGCAAACGAAACAAACUGGCAUCUACUGUGUUUAUAAUAUCGUUAGCAGGCGCCGAUUUCGUAACGUGUGUGCUGGUCAUGCCAUAUACCAGCGUCGUAGAAUAUACUAAUUAUGAAAUCAAAUACGAUAUUUUAUGUAAAUUGUAUAUGUUCCUUAUUACUUGCAACGUUCCGUUCUCAGCAUUUGUUAUGGUGGCUAUUGCUUUGGAUCGCUUUGUGUGUAUUUGUCAUCCUCACUGUCAUGCCUUGGAUUCACGACGUGCUCGACAGAUUAUUAUG